UCCUCCUCUAUAUAAACAAAAAACACACACUAGUUCAUUCCAGCUAGCCACACACUACAGUUCCUCAUUGGCCGAAUACAUAACAUAGCCCAGUUACUGCAGAGUUUUUUUUUUUUUUUUUUUUCAUGUAAACUGGGAAACAUGGCUUGGACGUUCUCUAGCUCUGCUGUAUUUAGUGAUGUUGAACGCUAAACUGCUCUCUCUCUCUCUCCUGUCGUAUUUGGGUAAAAAACGUUCAACAUCACUUAACAUUAGAUUUUUUUUGAACGUGUCCUCAGUUCGAUGUGACUUCGCUGCUAAUGUGUUUACGCGUCAAGUAGUCUUCAAUUUUAUUAUUAUGAGCUUUUGUGGCACAUCAGUGUGGAUUGCUAACUAAACCAUUAGCCAACCCGGUUACAGUAUUGAUCUGUCAGUAGAGUCACUCUGGAACUCUGAAGUCCUGUCAACAGAUACACCAAAAGCCCAGUGUCUUUUUCUACAAACCCGUAUAAUCAUGUCUGCCAUGCGAGUGGAUGCUAAGGUGGUCAUGCUUGGCAAGGAGAGUGUGGGUAAAACCAGUCUGGUGGAAAGAUACGUACAUCGCCGGUUUCUUGUGGGACCAUAUCAAAAUACUAUAGGGGCUGCCUUUGUUGCGAAAGCCCUUAAUGUCAAUGACAAGGUGGUUACUCUGGGAAUAUGGGACACUGCUGGGUCUGAACGCUAUGAAGCUAUGAGCAGAAUCUAUUACAGAGGAGCCCGCGCUGCCAUUGUCUGCUACGACUUAACUGACAGCAGCAGCUUUGGAAGGGCCAGGUUCUGGGUGAAGGAGCUACAGAACUGUGAAGAGCACUGCAAGAUAUAUUUGUGUGGCACCAAGAGUGACCUGAUUGAGGCCGAUCGAAGUGUGCGGCAAGUAGACUACCAUGAUGUUCAAGACUUUGCAGAUGAAAUAGGUGCACAACAUUUCGAGACCUCCAGCAAAACAGGAAAAAAUGUUGAUGAGGUGUUUCAGAAAGUGGCUGAAGAUUUCAGUAACUGUGCUUUAGAGUUCAUGCAAGAAAAGAAGGGGGUGGAUCUUGGGCAAAAGAAGGACUCUUAUUUUGACAACUGCUGCCAUAACUGACCUAUCACUGGAAAAACUGCUGUGUCAUAUGGUCUAUUUUGGGAUGACUGGAGGCUCAACAUCUUUUAUACUCCUCAAAGCAUCAGCUGGAGUUUUUUUUUUUUUUUUUUUUUUUUUUUUUUGGCUCUUUCCUUCCUUCUUUCAUGAUUUUCUGGUGUGCUGUAGAACAUGAAGGAAUCCACUUUUCCCCUUUUUCCUAUUUUUCUUUAUCAGGAACAUGUUUUUUAUUUUAUUUUUUGGACCUGAGAAUGUUGACUGAAGCAAAUAUUAACAGUGCAUGGCAAUCCGUUUUACCAAAAAGACAAGACACAAAGCAAGCUUUAGGGACAGAUGUCAUUGCAUGGAGGUGAUCGUUGCCAAUUUUCACAAACAAUGCCUUGAAUGAUUUAUCUCCUUUUAUGAUUUAAAUUGUCUCUAUUUUAUAGAUCUUUUGAGGAUCGUAAUGUUUACACCCUUCAUUCAUCACAUUGCACUCAUGUAUGAACAAUUUACUUUCAUAUGUCCACACUUAAGUUUCAGUUUUCACAGAUCUGAGACCAAUUUAAACAUUUUUCUCAUAAUGAUAAAGAUUUAGAUGUUGAUAGAGUGGAAAAUUACAUAGUAAAAUUAAAAGGCAGUUUCCAAUUAAUAUGUUCUUAAAUUGAAAAAUCGAUGUCAAAAUGUCAAAGGCUAAUAACCAUAGUUACUUGAGGCAUUUAUAAUAUCAUGAUUCAUCUGAUAUGCAGGAGUAUCAACUCAGCAACAUCAACAAAAAACUCAACUCGUGUUUGAUAAUGGAGCCCAUAGCUUCCUGUAUCUUUUUUGUCCAUUAUUUUACAUAUCUUUACCGGGUUCCAAAAGCAAGUCAAUGUGCAGCAUUUGAUGAAUGUGAUGUUAAUGUUUACAAUGCUAUUUUUAUUAUUAUUUAAUUUUACUUCGGUAAGAUAUUGUAAACUGGGACACUAACUUGUCAGUUGUGAAAAUGUUUGUGCAUACUUUGUACAUACAGCCUUAGUUCACUCUCUGUUCAUAUUGUGCCUGUAUUAAAUACUGCUCAACAAGGCCUGUAGCUAAAAAUAUGGUUCUUGUGAAACUUUGUGCAUUUUACGUCAUUCCAGAGAAAUCCUGAUAUUGUGCCAUUUUCACUGGUUGUCCUACAGGAAAGAAGGACAAUAUUAUAAUACUUUGUCACAUUUUACUGUGAAAUUACAUUAAAAAUCUUAAACAGCU